GAGCUGCUGCCGCGGCUGGGCAGCCGGGCUGGACUGGGAGGACCAUGUGAAUGGGGCCAGAGGGCUCCCAGGCUGGGCAGGGACCAUGGGCUGUAGCUGCAGCUCAAACCCUGAAGAUGACUGGAUGGAAAACAUCGACGUGUGUGAGAACUGCCACUACCCUAUAGUCCCACUGGAAGGCAAGGCCACGCUGCCCAUCCGGAACGGCUCUGAGGUUCGGGACCCACUGGUCACCUAUGAAGGCUCAAACCCUCCGGCAUCCCCACUGCAAGACAACCUGGUUAUCGCCCUGCACAGCUAUGAGCCCUCUCACGACGGAGACCUGGGCUUCGAGAAGGGUGAACAGCUCCGUAUCCUGGAGCAGAACGGGGAGUGGUGGAAGGCGCAGUCCCUGACCACAGGCCAGGAAGGCUUCAUCCCCUUCAACUUCGUGGCCAAAGCGAACAGUCUGGAGCCCGAACCCUGGUUCUUCAAGAACCUAAGCCGCAAGGACGCAGAGCGGCAGCUCCUGGCGCCCGGGAACACGCACGGCUCCUUCCUGAUCCGGGAGAGCGAGAGCACCGCGGGAUCAUUUUCACUGUCGGUGCGGGAUUUCGACCAGAACCAGGGAGAGGUGGUGAAACAUUACAAGAUCCGUAACCUGGACAACGGCGGCUUCUACAUCUCCCCUCGCAUCACUUUUCCCGGCCUGCACGAGCUGGUCCGCCAUUACACCAGUGCUCCGGACGGGCUGUGCACGCGGCUGAGCCGCCCCUGCCAGACCCAGAAGCCCCAGAAGCCUUGGUGGGAGGACGAAUGGGAGGUUCCCAGGGAGACGCUGAAGCUGGUGGAGCGGCUCGGGGCCGGACAGUUCGGGGAGGUGUGGAUGGGCUAUUACAACGGGCACACGAAGGUGGCGGUGAAGAGCCUGAAGCAGGGCAGCAUGUCCCCCGACGCCUUCCUGGCCGAGGCCAACCUCAUGAAGCAGCUGCAGCACCAGCGGCUGGUCCGGCUCUACGCGGUGGUCACCCAGGAGCCCAUCUACAUCAUCACGGAAUACAUGGAAAACGGAAGCUUAGUGGAUUUUCUCAAGACCCCUACAGGCAUCAAGUUGACCAUCAACAAACUCUUGGACAUGGCAGCCCAGAUCGCAGAGGGCAUGGCAUUCAUUGAAGAGCGGAAUUACAUCCACCGGGACCUGCGGGCUGCCAACAUCCUGGUUUCUGACACCCUGAGCUGCAAGAUUGCAGACUUUGGCCUAGCACGCCUCAUUGAGGACAAUGAAUACACAGCCAGGGAAGGAGCCAAGUUUCCUAUUAAGUGGACAGCACCAGAAGCCAUUAACUAUGGGACAUUCACCAUCAAGUCAGAUGUGUGGUCCUUUGGGAUCUUGCUGACGGAGAUCGUCACUCAUGGCCGCAUCCCUUACCCAGGGAUGACUAAUCCUGAAGUGAUCCAGAACCUGGAGCGGGGCUACCGCAUGGUGCGCCCUGAGAACUGCCCAGAGGAGCUGUACCACCUCAUGAAGCUGUGCUGGAAAGAGCGCCCAGAGGAACGGCCCACCUUUGACUACCUGCGCAGCGUGCUGGAGGACUUCUUCACGGCCACAGAGGGCCAGUACCAGCCCCAGCCUUGAGAAGGACCUUCCCCUUCAUGCCAGCCUGGCUUGGCGAGAUGGAGUUCUUGUGCCAAACCCACAUGGCCUAUGCACAUAUGGACUCUGCACAUGCAUCCUGCCCACGUGCAACACAUAUGCAUCUUGUGCUUGUACAUACAUCCCGAGUUGCAUGGGUUUUGCACAUGUGUCUUGUACAUGUGUAGCCUAUGCAUGGAUGCCUUGGACACUGUCCAAGGUGUAUCUUUCUAAGCACUCCUACUUCCUGAUACCACAGAGACAGGAGAGAGUCCUGUGAUUGACACCAGCUUCUGCCUGCCCACUUUUCUUUGUCCAAGCCCUCCAGAAGCUUCUUCAGGGUUAGGACCUUAUCUAAUACCUCUGUG